GUUACCACAGAAGGUACCGAGGAAACUGAAACAACUGUAGCUACAGAAUCUACCGAAGUUCCAAAUGCACCAAACACUACGGAAGAAACAACUAUCACAGAAGAACCUGAAAAUAAUACCACAACAGAAGGAUCCCUUACCACAGAAGGUACCGAGGAAACUGAAACAACUGUAGCUACAGAAUCUACUGAAGUUCCAAAUGAACCAAGCACUACGGAAGAAACAACUGAAACAGAGGGACCUGAAAAUAAUACCACACCUGAAGUCUCAGUUAGUACAGAAGGACCUGAGGAAAAUGAGACUACUGUAGAUACAACUGAAACAGAGGGACCUGAAAAUAGUACCACACCGGAAGUAUCAAUUAGUACAGAAGGACCCGAAGAAAAUGAGACUACUGUAGAUACAGAAUCUACUGAAGUUCCAAAUGCACCAAGCACUACAGAAGAA